GUAAGCGCGCGCCGUGUGUGUGUUGGGAGGGAGUCCACUUUCCUGUUCGCAAGCCCGUCAACACCCAAAAAAGCCCCCUCAGCCAAUGAAGGCUUGUCACAGGGGACUCACGUGGACGGGGCGUCCUUAAAAACCUAGCUCCUGAGUUUUCCUCAAGUUCCAUUUUUGGAAAUGUUCCUCACAUCUCUGUGCUUUAGUUCCCAGUUGUGUCUAUUUAACCCGUGUUACCACAGUUUUACUGUGCGCGUCUUCUUUAUUGCAGCUGCCCACCCGUUUCGAGUCAAUUGUUGCAUCUCUCUACUGGCAAAAAAAUGCCUAUACCUUCUUCUGCCUUCGAGCGCCGCACGGGUUACACCAGCGAACUACUUUUUAAGUGAUGAAAAUUUCAGCAAUUGUGUCCUUUCUCUGCGUCAUUUGCAGGUCUUGAGUUCCGCCAGCUACGCUCGCAGCUGUCUCUGUCCGUAGUGCUGAAACGUGGUGUCGACUCGCAUGCAUACUUGCGCUAAUGCUGCUCUACUGCCUCAAAGCAUUAGAUUUUUUUGUCAAUAUUUGAAAAAAGUAAAUAAAUAAUUUCAGAAAUCGUACCGGAUAGUUUUCCUUAAAAAAAAAAAAACAUUUAAUCCAUACAAAUCAAACUUCCCGACAGAGAAUAGCACCAAUCUGCAUCGAUUUUAUGAAAAGUGCUUUACUUAGGAGAUAAUAAUUGGAUGCUGGGUCGAUUUUGUUGCCUAGUAACGUUGUUAACCUGGAGAUUUUGUUAGUUUGACAACAAUAAUACUCAAUCAAGAAGAGGACAAAAACAUCGUGGAUACAUAUUUGUGGUUUCCGAAUCUUUUGGAUUUUCCUUUUGGAUAAACUGGGGGUAGUUACAUCUAGCAAUCGGUGCUCACCCUGAACUUGCCUCGAAUACCAAUGAUAGUUUGAGUUCAGGCCUGAAGGAACUCAUCUGCGCUGGUAAACAAUGGAGGCAUCCACCAAUGGGUCCAGCUUUGGGAUCGACUCUUUACUUUCACACAGACCUGGAAGUCCAGUCAUGUCAAAAGGGGACAGUUCGGUGGGAGAGUGCCGAUCACCGCUUGAGUUCAGCCCGAGGUCUGACCUAGAAAGUGGCUGCUCGUCUCCCCCGUCGCCAAGGAGGGAGUGUGUGGAUGAGGCAUCGCAGAGGCAAGGUCACGCUAUUGGGCUACCACCCCAUCUGCAACACGGACAAAUCUCUGCCGGGUCGCAGCCGCGGACUGUCACCUCAUCAUUUCUGAUAAGAGAUAUAUUAGCUGACUGCAAACCGCUGGCCGCCUGCGCCCCGUACUCCAGUAAUGGCCAGCCAACUCAAGAAACGGGACGACUUGCCUCCAAACUCGCAGACGACUUCAUGGACAAAAUCCACAGCAACUCAUCGUCAGACAGCGAAUACAAAGUGAAAGAGGAGGGAGAGCGUGAAAUAUCGAGUAGUAGGGACAGUCCCCAUCACGUCCGGCUGAAGAAACCCAGGAAAGCGCGAACAGCUUUCACCGACCACCAGCUGGCCCAGCUCGAGCGUAGCUUCGAACGACAGAAGUACCUGAGUGUGCAAGACAGGAUGGAGCUGGCCGCUUCUCUCAACCUCACAGACACACAGGUCAAAACUUGGUACCAGAACAGGAGAACGAAGUGGAAGAGGCAGACGGCGGUUGGACUAGAACUGUUAGCCGAGGCUGGAAAUUAUUCAGCACUUCAGAGAAUGUUUCCGUCGCCCUAUUUCUACCCUCAAAGCCUGAUGUCCAAUCUGGACCCCGGAGCGGCGCUCUACCUGUACAGAGGACCCUCCGCACCCCCACCAUCUCUGCAACGACCUCUCGUUCCAAGGAUUCUUCUGCAUGGCCUGCAGGGGGGUAGUGAACCACCCCCUCUCCCCUCUCUCUCCGGUGUACUUCCCCGGCCAACACAGCAGCGCUGGUGGCCGGGCGACGCUGACUGUGGGUCGGAUCAGCGAGGGGACAUCUGGUCAGCGGCUCGGCAGGGCCCCCGCUGCAUUGGCCCCCCACCCGCUACCCCAACCUCUCUACUAAUAGAAGUCUGACUUUAAACCAACCAAAAUAUCCGACCAUAAAGCACAGGGAGCUCAGUCUGACAGAGUUAGUGAAUGGGAUAUUAACGAUUAGACAAAAGACUUAAAUAGCUUUUAAUUGAACAUCGAUAAUAGUUGUGAUAUUCAGGCCCCACUGCACCGCUCGCAUGGCACAUGUUCCAGUUCUCCCAUUGACCAUCAGCCUGUCUCC